ACUUGCUGCUGCUGCUGCUGCUGCUGCUGCUUCCCUAGGUGAAGAUGUCGGAGUCCGAGCACGGCAGGAAGUGGGACCGGUUCCUGGCAGAUGCCACCGUCAAAUUCGGUGCUGGUCUCGGUUUGGGGAUUAUAUUUUCAGUGGUCUUCUUUAGAAGAAAGACGUGGCCCAUCGCUUUCUCCUCCGGGAUUGGCUUAGGAAUGGCUUAUUCAAACUGCCAGAAGGACUUCCAGUCCCCGUAUCUUCUCCACGGCAAGUUUGUCAAAGAACAAUGAGCCUGAGCGAUCGUACAUUGAGAAGAGCUGCAGCAGAGCUGACCAUCUGGAGCCUUGCACGAUACAAGAGGACCCCUCACAACGUCUUUCUUUUAUACUGUCACAACAAUUAGGAUAAUAAAGGAAACAGAGAGAAUAUA